GACAUGGACCGGUGAGUAGCCCCAAGUCGAGGCCGUCUUUUCUGCACAAGCGCCCGCUCCACGCAACCCCGCUGGUGCGACCUCUCACACCAACGUCAACCCUGCAUAUCGCCGCAGCCCGCAUCUCCUUGCACAUCAUUACUGACGUCGCUGCGCUCCUUCUGACAUUCACGACAAUGUCCAUCGUAACAUCAAGCACAGUUUGGGAAGAUCACUUCAGCGAUGAGUCCUACUGGCGCACGCAUCCGUCUGCUCCAGCGCCUGCCGGGCGGGGAGAUUCAGCUGGUCGGACCCUUCACCGACGACAGUGUCCCUGCCUAUGCGAUCUUGUCGCACCGAUGGGAGAGUGACGCCGAGCAAGAGGUGGACUACAAAGAUAUAAUACAAGGUUUGGGCCGUGAGAAGAAGGGAUUCCAGAAGCUCAGGUUCUGUGCCGAGCAAGCCUUCGAGGACCAUCUCGAGCACUUCUGGAUCGAUACCUGCUGUAUUGACAAGUCCCUCCAUGGCGAACAUCAGGCAUCGAUGAACUCUAUGUUCCGGUGGUACCAGCGUGCGACGAAAUGCUACGCGUAUCUCGCGGACGUGUCGGUCGCAGAGCAGAACACUACAGGCCAAAGCGAACGUACCUGGCAAUCCUCUUUCCAAGCGAGUCAAUGGUUCCUCCGAGGAUGGACGCUGCAAGAGCUCUUAGCACCACAGACCGUCGAGUUCUUCUCGCAGGAUUGCGUGAAACUCGGCAAUAAGAUGACGCUUCAAGAGUCGAUCCACGCUAUUACGGGCAUCUCUAUUGAGGCGCUACAAGGCAGACGAUUGUCUAGCUUUAGCAAGCAAGAACGAUUUGCCUGGAUGGAACGUCGUACGACCAAGUACGAAGAAGACAAAGUAUACGCGCUCCUAGGCAUCUUUGAAGUCGAGCUAGUCAUCCAGUACGGACAAGGAUGGGCCAGCACGAUGGAAAAGCUCGAAAAGGCCAUCGAUGUCCAAGCUAGUGUUAUGCGAGACCUGCGGGUUACACAUCCGAAGGACGAUAAAAUCCGCAUCGAGGGAGACAAGGGUGGCUUGAUAGCGGGAGUGUGCGACUGGAUCCUCGACUAUCCAGCGUUCGAGCGCUGGCGUGAAAUUGCCGGCUGCCAGUCUCUAUGGAUCAGAGGUGACCCGGGAAAAGGAAAGACGAUGCUCAUCUGCAGUAUUGUCGAUGAGCUCGAAAGGACUGAGCUGCAGCAGUAUCAAUUAUGCUACUUCUUCUGCCAAGCAACAGACGCGCGAAUCAACAACGCUGUUGCCGUCUUGCGCGGACUUCUUUACAUGCUCGUCGACCAACAGCCUUUAUUGACACGACACAUUGAGAAGCAGCACCACCAUGCCGGCCGGACAUUGUUUGAGGACGCGAAUAGUUGGGUCGUUCUGACGAAGUUGUUCUUUGACAUUCUCCAAGAUCCACACUUGAACAGCACGAUCUUCGUCAUUGACGCGCUCGACGAGUGCACAUCGCAGCUGAUAGAUCUCCUGCAUUUCAUCGCUUCGGUCUCAGCACGGUCGCCUCGAGUGAAAUGGCUAUACUCGAGCCGUGACUGGCCGACAAUCGAGGAGACACUAUCUAGUGCGCAGCAGAUGCUGCAUUUACGGUUAGAACUGAAUGCAGGAACGAUAGCAAAUGGCGUCCGCAUGUUCAGUGAGCAGAAGGUGCAUCAGCUCGCUAUAGAGAAGGGCUACGGCGAUUUCCUCAAGCAGGAAGUCCUGCAAUAUUUCCGAAACAAUGCAGGCGAUACAUUCCUGUGGGUAGCGUUGGUUUGCAAGAGUCUACUUGCUAUUCCCAAUCGUCACGUCCGGCGGAGGUUGCACGAAUUCCCGCCGGGAAUGGACGCGCUGUACGCGCGCAUGAUGGUUCAAAUCGAGAAGUCGGAUGACAGCGAGUACUGCAAGGCCGUGCUAGCCACUGUCGCACUCGCACUCCGACCACUCACGCUUUCCGAGCUCGGAUUUGUGGCUGACCUGCCAGAAGAGAUAUCCUGCAGUAUAAAAGAUAUAGCAGACAUCGUGCGCCGCUCUGGUUGCUUUCUUACAAUGCGAGGUGACACACCGGCAGACCAGGUGGUAUCCUUCGUACAUCAGUCAGCAAAAGACUACAUCAUUGGACAAGCCAGUGACACCAUCUUCUCAGCUGGAAUGUCGAAAGAACACGCAAGGAUUGCCCAGAAGUGCAUUCAGCGAAUGUGUGAACCCGGCGGUCUACACAAAGACAUUUGCAGAUUUCAGAGACCGGGCACACGACGCACCGACUGCAACUCAGAAGAGAUUGCGAAAAUGAUGUCGGCCAGAGUGACUUAUACAUCCAGCUUCUGGGCAGAACACUUCAUCGCGAGUGGGGAGACUUUGCGCGACGAUAAUUACGUCGAUCGAUUUCUGCAGCAGUAUUUCCUCUAUUGGUUUGAGGCCAUCAGCUGGUUAGGACAAGCAGCUAGUACGAUCCUGUAUACCGUGCGACUUCAAGCUCAGGUCGACAAGGGAGAUUGCAGUCAGCAGGUGUCGGCUUUUCUCAACGACGCUUACCGAUUCGUUUCAAUGAAUAGCUAUGUGGCUGAUCUUGCACCUCUUCAACUGUACCUUUCUGCACUCAUUUUUACGCCGGUGAACAGCAUUGUCCGGAAGGCUUUCCUACAGCAACGUACGGACAUGUUUUCUGCGCUGCCUAAUGUAUUUCCACAUUGGAGUUCCACACUCCAGACGCUGAUGGGGCACACCGAUCGGGUCACGUCGGUCGCGUUGUCGGCGGACGGCACGCGGCUGGCGUCGGCGUCGGGCGACCGCACCGUCCGGCUCUGGGACGCGGCGACGGGCGCGCCGCUGCAGACGCUCGAGGGGCACACACAAUGGGUCACGUCGGUGACGGCACGCGGCUGGCGUCGGCGUCGGGCGACGGCACCGUCCGGCUCUGGGACGCGGCGACGGGCGCGCCGCUGCAGACGCUCGAGGGGCACACGCGUACAGUUCACUUCUCCGCGGAUGACGUCCUUCUAUCAACCGAUUUCGGGCAAUUUGUAGUGUCUGGAGCCGAUUUCUACCAGGAUCAGAGUUAUGUGCAGCUUAAAACUCUUCCCCACACUCUACAAUUACGAGAGGAUUGGAUCCAGUGCAAUGGUAACGACAUCCUCUGGUUGCCGCACGACUUUCGCGGAACAUGCUCGGCAGUGUAUGGGAAGACGCUCGUUAUCGGGCAAAGCUCAGGAGCUGUGUCACUCUUCCAAGCACGAGACGACAGCCACGUAGAAUUGUGAGUAGAAAACUACUGUGUCUAUCGCAAUGUAUAUGAAUUAUUGAACCUAAUACCCGUUCUUAUGCCUGCUUCUUUUCAAGAGAUGAACUUGUACUCUCUUCUUCUCUUCUGAUUUUUCUCUAAAGAGGGUACAGGAACAAAAAGUCGGCGUGAUUUCCAAUACAACGCG